CCUACCUAAACCCUGCCAUGAAGAACUGAACAUUUCCUGCCUAAACAGUGCUCGGGAGUUGUGAUAAUUUCUUUAUAAACUUGUCUACAAAUACCACUUUUUAAUACUCUUCAAAUAAUGUCACUUGCCUGUGUAAAGCGGAGCAACAGUUCUAUUGUGCCGUGCAGUCCUCCACGAGAAAUUUUAGUCCGGGGCGAAGAAAAUAGCUCAUUUGGAAUUCAGGGAUUGAUCAACUAUCGUGACUCCACAAUCAGUGCUGUGUAACCCUCGCGAAAAUGAUGUAGCUUUAUAUCCAUCAUCUCAGCCCUGGCGAAGGGGUGCAGGCUGACAUUUGGAAGCUUAAGGACCAAGUCUGUUGCCUUCCAAUUUAUUUAUUUUAUUUUAUUUUUUUUAAAGUCUUCCAUCAUGGGUGUACUUUGCUUGAAUGAUUAUUUUAAAGUACACGUUCUAUUUUUGCCAGUCUGACAGCUGUUUCCAUAGAAACUAGAGAAGAAAUAGUCAUUUUCAGCAGAGUUGUUAAAACGGUCUUCCAGGCUUCAGCUGUUGAGUGCCAUAAUCUUAGAAGUUUGCCAGCUAUGUUUGUUGACCUGCUACAGUUCUUCGAAGAGGAUGUGUCAGUCCUGAUUCUGACUUUGUUGUCCAGUUUCAGCAAGAAUCCUGCUAAAUCAGUUUACCCAAAAUCCCCCAUCCUGUAAGAAGUUACAGAUAAUCAAGGAGAAGAAAGAUGAAUUUCAUCUAUGGACUGCAGUCUCCUACUAGAAACUGUGUUUUCUUCCGAUUUCAUAUGUUGGCCAACUGGAGAAAGUGUAACACACUAGCUGUAACCUCACCAGACUGUCUUCAAGGACAAAUUAAUCAUAUAGUUAACAAGUAUCAGGGUCUGGGAGUAAAUCAGUGUGAUAGGUUGACUUUUCUUGCUCAACAUUUUUAUUUCUAUAAGACUUUUAGUAACAAAAGACCAGGAUGCCUCUUGAGCACGAGAUGUAAGGAAAUUGGGAUGGUUACCCCAAAAUGUACUGUGUGGAAUGACUCUUUUUCAAGACAGCUACUGAUAAAAGAAGUUACAGGAGUUCCUGCCCUUUCACUAUUGCAUCCUCUAAACUGUCUUCAUGAAAGAGAUAUCAGGAGUUUCCACACUUCUCCUCGGUUUCAAGCUGCUCCGGUUCCUCUCUUGUUGAUAAUUCUUAAACCAGUGCAGAAACUAUUUGCAAUCAUUGUAGGCAGGGGCAUAAGGAAAUGGUGGCAGGCACUUCCUCCUAACAAGAAGGAACUAUUUAAAGAAAGUUUAAGAAAGAAUAAAUGGAAGUUACUCCUUUGUUUCAGUAGUUUUGGAUUGCUCUUUGUAGUGUUUUAUUUUACUCACCUGGAAGUGAGUCCUGUCACAGGAAGGAGCAGGCUACUAUUAUUGGGGAAAGAACAUUUCAGACUUUUAUCAGAACUGGAAUAUGAAGCAUGGAUGGAGGAAUUUAAAAAUGAUAUGCUCACUGAGAAGGAUGCCCGAUACCUAAUGGUUAAAGAGGUGGUUAAUCAUUUGAUUGAAUGCAAUAAAGAUAUCCCAGGGAUCUCUGAGAUCAAUUGGAUUAUUCAUAUGGUUGAUUCUCCAGAUGUAAAUGCCUUCGUGCUUCCAAAUGGACAAGUGUUUAUCUUCACUGGGCUUUUAAAUAGUGUGACUGAUAUCCAUCAACUUUCCUUCCUUCUGGGCCAUGAAAUAGCACACGCAGUACUUGGGCAUGCUGCAGAAAAGGCUAGCUUGGUUCAUUUAUUGGAUUUCCUAGGUCUGAUUUUUCUCAUAAUGAUUUGGGCCAUUUGCCCUCGAGAUAGUUUGGCACUUUUGGGCCACUGGAUACAGUCUAAACUGCAGGAGUAUAUGUUUGAUAGACCAUACAGUAGAACAUUGGAGGCUGAAGCUGACAAAAUUGGACUACAGCUUGCUGCAAAGGCUUGUGUGGAUGUCAGAGCCAGUUCAGUGUUUUGGCAGCAGAUGGAAUUUGCAGAUAGCCUCCAAGGCCAUCCCAAGUUGCCAGAAUGGUUAUCCACACACCCUUCUCAUGGAAAUCGAGCUGAGCACUUGGAUAGACUCAUACCUCAGGCUCUUAAAAUUAGAGAGAUCUGUAAUUGCCCACCACUUUCUGGACCAGACCCUCGAUUACUAUUCAAACUCAGCAUGAAGCAUUUCCUGGAAGAAUCAGAGAAAGAAGACCUAAAAAUCACUGCCGAGAAACAGAAAAUGGAUACUCUCACCAUUCAACAACAGAAGCAAAUACCCUUAACAUAUAUAGUUGAGAAAAGAACUGGCAGUUGAAUUAAAAUUUAUGAGACAUGGGAUAUAUGAAGAAUGCAGCAUUCGUUACCAUUUUUAUGUUAUUUUUUAAAAAAUGAUGUUUGAAAUAAAAAAAAUGUAUAUUCAGGGUCAAAUCAUGUAUAUUACAAGUAUUAUCUAAAUUCUUCUAGGUAUUUUCAUGAAAUAUUGAUGUAUUUUAAUCUAUUUUAAAGUAUCUUCAAUGAGGAAAAUGUCACAGAAUAAAUUUAUAUUACACAUUUUA